AUGGACUUCGACGAUGCUUUACAGCAGGUUGGAGAAUUUGGUCGUUACCAAAGAAAACUGUUUUUCUUAAUAGCGAUAUCAGCUUUCCCAUGUAGCUUUCAGAUGCUUGUUCUUGUAUUCACCGCAGCGACACCAAAAUGGAUUUGCCCAGAAGAUCUCAACGUAAACAUAAAACACUGCAAGUCGCUGGAAAGUUGUUGUGAUCUUGAUGGUAGUGUCUGCCAAGGAGCUUCUUUUAUUACAAAUUUCACAUCGAUUGCGACAGAGUGGAGUCUCCUUUGUGGGCAAACGUACAAAAAUGAACUUGCUCAGUCCAUAUUUAUGGCAGGUACACUUAUUGGAGCACCUUUGAUCGGCGGAUUAGCUGAUAAACAUGGCCGCCGAAAGCUUUGGCUUGUUGGUUAUUUUGCAGCUGGCGGCUUUGCCGUUCUCUCUGGAUUUUCUCCAUCAUAUUACGUUUUCGUGGCGCUAAGAUUUCUUGUUGGUAUAUUUGCUGGAGGAGCAGGACUGAUUAUAUAUGUUUUGGCCACUGAAUCAAUUGGCCCAUCUUACAGAGGUAAAUCAUUCUGGCGUGGUUACUAAGUCUAUAAUAAGGGCUUGUACAACUUCAUGGCGUUAGGAGGGCUCAAUGGGAAUUCUUAUAGCCGGACUAAAAAAAGUGUUUCAAAACAAGCUAUUUGAAUGUGAUCACAUUUUUAAGAUUCAUUUCAAUACAAGCCAGAAAGGGGGGAGGGAGGGUGAGGGGUAGGGCUAAUAACCAGAUGUAUUUUUAGAUAGGCCUAUAAUUGGGGGGCUUAUAAUCAGAAGUUCACAAUAUAUCCACACUAUGUGCUGAUCGAUACUUUGGCAGCAAGGAAAUCCAUCUGGUAUUACUUGAACCACCCCCAAAAUGGCCAAUAGCAAUACAGCCAGUUGCAAAGAAAUCCAGUUUUGCAGCUUGCCCAAAGCUAGCCAAAAAUUGAGCGGGAUUGAUUACAGUUCUUUUGUAUUCUGAAUUCCCCCCCAAAAAAAUUCACUUGGUUGUGGGGCAGGUUAAGAACACCACUGAUGUAAAUUCUCUAUUUUCUCUAUCUUCAGGUUUUGCUGGAACCAUGAUGCAAGUAUUUUUUGCACUUUCCAUAGCUCUUCUUGGAUUCUUGGCAUACCUUAUACGAGACUGGCGAAAUUUGACCAUAGCUGCAUCCCUUCCUACCAUUUUUGCUCUUUUAAUCAUAAACCAUGUUGCAGAAUCUCCAAGAUGGUUAGCAUCUCAAGGAAAGUAUGAUGAAGCAGAAGCUAUCUUGCUGAAAAUGGCCAAAGAAAAUGGUGGUAUAAGCAAACCUGUGUCACUGAGACAAUCAAAGCUGACCUCUAAAGAUGGGAUUCCUAUGCAAAGCUAUGGAAUUUUUGACUUGUUUACAAACAGAAGAACUUGUUCAUUAACAGUGAUCAUGAUGAUUAGUUGGUUUGUAAACAGCCACGUUUAUUAUGGCCUAUCACUAAAUGUUAAAAAUCUUGGGGGCAACAUGUAUGUCAAUUUUAUUCUGGCUGGUCUAGUAGAAAUCCCGUCAUAUAUCUUAACAGUAUUUCUUCUUAACUGGUCAGGUCGUCGAAAAUCAUUGUUCUACUUUAUGAUUGGUGCUGCCACAUCAUGCUAUGUAUGUAUGAAACUACAGCAACAAGAAGCAACUAAUUUGGCAUGGCUUUCUGUCUCUGCUAUGUUUGGGAAAUUUUGUAUCUCUGCAUCCUUUGCAGUAGUUUAUGUUUAUGCUGCAGAACUGUUCCCGACUGUGAUCCGUAAUGUUGGAAUGGGUGUGGCAACUGUUGCAUCGCGUGUUGGUGGAAUUUUGUGCCCAUUUGUUGUUUUAAUGGGAGAGCAAAGUAGAUCAUUACCCAUGUUUAUAUUUGCUUGUAUGUCAUUAGUAGCAGCACUAGUGGGUCUAAAGUUGCCAGAAACAAAAGGACAUCCAAUGCCUGAAACAAUGGAAGAUUUAGAGAGAUUAGAACAUGAUUUUGGUAAAACUGUUAAAACCUAA